AUGAAGAAGGAGCAGGUUGUCAACUGUCAGUUCUCGGUCUGGUACCCAUUAUUUAAGAAACAUACGAUUAAAAGUGUGAUCCUUCCGUUGCCUCAGAAUGUAAUCGACUACUUGCUUGACGAUGGUACACUGGUCGUCUCAGGAAGUGAACUCACCAGUCAGUCCUCACGCACCAACAACAGUGACUCUGAAGAAGAAGAAGACAUUCAGUGGUCUGAUGAUGAGACAACAACAACAGUGACGGCACCAGAGUUCCCAGAAUUCAACUCCAAGGUACAAGAAGCUAUAAAUGCCCUGGGUGGGCGUGUGUUUCCCAAACUGAACUGGAGCGCUCCUCGAGAUGCAAACUGGAUUGCUCUGAAUAGUUCUUUGCAGUGCCAGAGUCUUAGUGAUAUCUUCCUGCUUUUUAAGAGCUCAGACUUCAUCACACAUGACCUUACACAGCCGUUCAUUCAUUGCAGUGAUGACUCCCCUGAUCCAGUCAUAAAUUAUGAGCUGGUGUUGAGGAAAUGGAGUGAACUAAUUCCAGGGGGCGAGUAUCGAUGCUUUGUGAAGGAGAACAAACUAAUUGGAAUCUCUCAGAGAGACUACACACAGCACUACCAGCACAUCUCCAAACAGGAGGCUAGCAUAUCUUCCUCCAUACAAGAGUUCUUCAGGGACCACAUCCAGUACCAGUUCCCCGAUGAAGACUUUGUCUUGGAUGUGUACAGAGACAGCAGGGGACGAGUGUGGUUAAUUGACUUGAACCCCUUUGGGGAGGUCACUGACUCUCUGCUCUUCACCUGGGAGGAGUUGACCUCUGGAAAUAGUCUAACAGACAAUCAGACAGGAGAAGAUACAGCACUACAGGAGUGUCCGGCAUUCAGGUACACCACCAGUGAGGUGACAGUUCAACCGAGCCCCUGCUUGUCCUACAGAAUCCCACGGGACUUUCUGGAUUUGUCCACUGGAGAGGAUGCAUAUAAACUCAUCGACUUCCUCAAACUGAAGAAAGGUCAGCAAGAGGAGGAGUCAGACGAAGAGGACGCGGGACCUCAGUCAUAACUGAGCAGAGAAAAGACCCGAAAAGGAGUCAGACGAGAGAGAUUUUUUGUCUUUUAUUGCACCUGUUCUUUCCCUUAGCAUUUGACACCCCCUGCUGUCUUUUCCAUUGAGGAAGUUGUACGGUGCCCCAUCACAUUUGUAGAGACUGUGUCAGGAGUCCUAAGCAAUAAUAAUGGGAAUGAAUAAUGAUGUGAUGUAAUGAUGUGAUAUAUGGGGUGAGAGUGCUCCCUGACGACUCUGCUGUGUCUUUGACACAGCCUCACGUUAAUGGUUAUGUGUCUUUCACAAAAUGCUCUUUUGGUUCAUUCCUCCCCAGGGUUUGAAAAUA